GGAAGGACUGCUGAAGCGGUUGAAGCACGGACCUUGGCCAAGCCGUAUCAUCGUACCAUUGCCCAUGUCGCCUUGUUCUGCGUUCCUCGGGCCAUGGCUACAGCGCCACGGGUGACUUUGGAGCAACAUGAUGCGCCAGUGGUGCUAAAAUUUGAUCAAAGUUCUGGAAAAACAGAGGCCGUUCGAGGUGAGCUAGAUCCACCUGCAAAACGAAGCAUUGGCCAUUUCUUGCGGGAAGAGGUGGUGCAGUCCAAGCGACAGAAAGGUUCUGAAGUCGAGGCGACGUCGGACCGUGUACGGAUGUUGCGUGAGUUACAAGAGAUGGCUUUGGAAGGUGCUCAGAAGGCUAGCCAAGUGGCAUCACUCCUGGGAGAUCCUUGGGGGGAUCAACAGGUUCGAUUUCUACAGCUUCAUCCCUUCACACCCAAAAAGAUGGAUUGGGAUCAAGUCUCACGCAGCUUGGAGGAGACGAUGAACGCUGUUCCUGGGAGAAUUGAAGGGAUAUUGGAGGCACGAAAUCGUUUGACACCUGCCUUACCGGAGUUGUUGGCACAAAUGGAAGCUGCAAUUGGUUUCUUGGGCCAUCGCUGGCCCAUUCAUUCUUCACUUGGACACCAUGCUGUGGAAUUGGCUCGACCUGAAACAGUUGCCGACAUGAUGCCGCGCGCGCUGGUGCGUGUGUCGAACAAUCCCAAACGAGGUGUUACCCUGAGCUUCCCUUGGGAGAUAUCCUUGCUUGUUCAGCCGCGAAAAGAGCUGUUCGUUUCUUUGCGCUCCCAGACACUCGGAGAGGGCAGCAGCCAAAGUAGCGCGAACAGCAGCUUGGCAGGCUUGGGCGAGAUGCUGCGCCCCGAAGCACUGCAUGAGGCUUUGUUCGGAGCACAGAGACUUCUUGUUGAUGCAUCGAUUUUUGAAGGUCUUCGAAAGGGUUUGUCCAAAACUGACUGCAAAGCCCAGUGGACGCUUCGCCGAGCGGCGUCGAAUGAGAUCGCGUUCAUGGUAGUUCUCGAUGUGGACGUGGUCGAGGUGGUGCUGGGCUUGCGGAAGGAACCUGAGAUGCAAAGCUCACCUGCAGACCUGGAGACCGGAGCACAGCUCUGGGACUUUCUGGCGGACUCAGCUCAUCUGCAGCUCCGAGACGCGCACCGACCAGGUCGAGCGACGCAUGUCGACAACGAGACACCAGAGCCUGGAGAGGAGCCAAAGGAAGCCGAGCCAGAGCCAGACCAGCUGGCCUGUUUUCAAUCUUGGUUGCAUCCCCGUUUGGAGGCCGUGACGCAGUACCUGAGCCGGCAAAAUGCGGUAUUUUUUUGCGGAAGGCCGGCAAUCUCACAUGCAUGUGCUUUGACUUCAGCGUUGUCAAGAGCAAAUCAUUGUGAAUCGUAAAUGGGUGGACAGCCGUCUAGGUCAGGUAGCUUUGGCCUUGUGACAGAUCAAGUACUGCCGCUUUGCAUGGUAGAUGGUAAGCCGGUAAGCCCCCAACUUUCGCAUUCAUUUAAGCUUUCAAGCCUGAAAGACCUUUGCACAGAUCAGACACAUCAGAAACAAACCAUUUUUUUUGCCCCUUUACUCUGCAAGAGGGACCCAAAAAGCACACCAAUGCCAGUUGAGAGCCGUUUGUUUGAGAGCCUAUGACUUAC